AUGUUCGACGUUGUGCUAUUCCUUGUCUCUUUGGCUUUGGGCGGGAGCAGCUCUCUGGAUGCUGACAAUGAUACCUAUGCUCUUGGGCAAGCUAUAUAUGUCCCAGGUACAAAUUUACUAGGAUCUGUACCCAACGGCAUCCAGCUGUUUUCCUCUCUCCAAGGGCGUUGCAUUCAGAAUCAGUCACUGCACAAGUCUGUUAGAAACACAGACUAUUACAAAGACACAGAGACGCUAUACAGCACUAUUGCAACCACCAGUGGACUGCAAGCUAAUUUCGAAACAGACUUUAGCUUUGGAUUUACCUUGGAUGUCACAACGAAAAGUAUCAGCGGCGAAAAAAGAGAUGCAUCGGGUUCGUCGCUGCAACUGACCGAAAAGGCCUACAUUCUGCUGCUGUCGAAAGACUGUAUGCUGCAAAGAACUCCAUCACCACAGUUUAUGGACGAUUUCCAGAGGCUAAAUUCCAGCAUCAGCAAACCAUGGUUGGCCUCAUCAUGGCAAGAAUACCUGAUUUUCCUCAAAGAGUGGGGCAGCCAUAUCAUCACUGGCGUGACUCAAGGAUCCAGUAUCAUCAGUUACUCUUUUGCCGAAAAAACACAAAAGUACACUGAACGAGACUUCACGGUCAAAAGCUGUCUAUCCCUGGCCGAGUCCUUAGAUCCAAAGAAAAUGAAUAUUUCAGCAUGUUCAAAUAUCACUCAAGAGGAAACUGCAAAUGUCAGACGCAUGAAAAUGAGCAGUUCUCUUACUGUAACAGGGGGAACAGUAGGAACGCGCACCCAGCUACUCCACAGUCGUUCGGCCGAGCUCAUAGAACAGUUUAUGCGAGAAGGCGAAACUCAGCCUGCCAUCAUAGAGUAUACCCUUGUGCCUAUCUGGGAAUACUUGCAGGAGAAAACCGUAGGAACACCCGAUCUCGUAAAAGCCGUUAAUCUGGAAUAUUUCUACAAUGGGUUUUUGAACUUUGGCUGCCCAUAUAGAAAACAACACAAAAUAGAAUUACAGAAGUUUGACUUGACUGGCCAAGCUACACCAGAAUACCCAGAGUAUUCCUGCACUAUUGCUCCUUCUGGAUGCCAUGAUGACGAUGAUUGCCACUAUCACGUUGGUGUCUGGUGUAACUGUGCCGGUAAAACCUGCAUCCACUAUUCAUUGUCCGGCACCAGCGAUACAGGGAAAAGGCGAUGGCAGGCUGCUCCUUACGACGGCAGCGACUGGGGUUGGCAAGGAUGCGACUGGAAACAUUGGGGCUCUUCCUGCGAAUGCAAAACUAAAAACUCCGAUAGGAAAACCAUAUGGUCUCAGUCCAGCAAAUACGCGCUUUACCUUGCUUCCAUCCAGUCACCUGAACAAAAGCAAGAAAGAGCUAAAACAAGGAACGAACUAUGA